UGAUACCCUUCUGAUGGACUGUUGUGGCGGCUGUACGCUCUGACGGAGCGGGGCGAGGCAAUAUGGGCGGGAUUCAUCUGCUUAAUGGGAAGGAAGCUGCAAUAUGGGAUGCUGCAGGGUGUGGGAGGAGGGGCGCUGAAGGGAUAUGACGACAGCUCUGAUCCCCGCUGCAAUAUGGCAUGGAGGUCUCCCUUUAUGGAAACGAAAUGGAUCUGCUCACGCGACACGCCUCGACAUUGCACGCGUUUCCUAUUGAAGAUGGUCGAUCCAUGUUUGCGUGGCCUAGUACAUGCUUACACUACGCAGAUGCUGGCAUAGCGAUGAAGGGAGCGGUAUAUAGCGACUGUGAUCGAGCUUCGCAAUAGACUAGCAAUCUGACCUCACCGUCGCCGGUUAUACCCCGAGGCGGG